ACAAACUGGUGUCAUUCUACAUGUUAUUCCUCGUAAAAUUAUACUCCUUGUAAUGAGCAAUGUAGCCUAACUAAAGCCACUAGGACAUCGUAACGGUGUAUGAUAACGACCUAGAAGGAGAUAGGAAGACGGAGUGAAUGAAGUUCAGAUUCAGAAUGGCAGCUGUUAGAUUGUGUAGUCAGAGGCUCAGGAUAAGCAGUAGACAAAGGUGUAUGUCUUCAUAUUACCGCUACUCUACCUGUAACACAAGUUCAACGGAAAUCCUUGUGCAGGACAAAAGCUCACAACAUUCUUUAAAAAAUCAGUUUGAAUGUCACACACUUUCGUUCAUUAAUGUAAACAAAAAACUUCCUCAUCAAAGUUGUUUUUUUCCAAAAGUAACAAACAUACUUACAUCAAUGAAAUCGGUUUGUAAAUUACCUCAAAAUGAUAUAAGAUAUAGCCCACUUAGUAGACUCAAUAUAAAACACCGCCCGAGAUAUGCACUUCACCAGAGCCAGACACACACUGACAGAUCGUACUCAACUAGAGCAGACACCGUGAAGGACACUCUAAAUGACUGGACAGAAAAACUGGAAGCAGCGGAUGUGCCAGAAGCAAGUUUGGCUGUUGAAUACAUAAUUUCUCACAUUCUCGAUAUACCACGAAUGGAGUUACACAGGUAUGCUUCAUUAACACUAUCAGAGGAAAUGCUUACAGAAAUAGAAAGAUUAAUGACAUGUCGACUUGCAAGGAUGCCGUUACAAUACAUACUGGGUGAAUGGGACUUUCACUCAAUAACUCUCAAGGUUCGACCCCCAGUGUUUAUCCCACGACCUGAGACGGAGAAGCUAGUUGAAUUGGCCUUGGAAUGCUUACAAGGAAUUAAAGCACCUCGAAUAUUGGAGAUUGGCUGUGGCUCAGGGGCAAUUUGUUUAUCCCUUCUUCACAUAUUAGGUGAUCUUCAUUGUGUUGCCGUGGAUCAAAGUAAACAUGCUAUAGAAGUAACUGCGCUAAAUGCAGCCAGUCUUAGAGUUACAGAUCGCUUAACACUUGUGGAAGGGAAGGUAACAAGUGAGAAGAUGCCAAGUUUGCCACAAGAAUGUUUUGAUCUCAUCAUAUCUAACCCACCAUAUAUGCUGAGAAAAGACCUCCUCAAUGUCCAACCUGAAAUUAUGAUCUAUGAGGAUAUGCGUGCUCUUGAUGGAGGAAAGGAAGGAUUGGACGUUAUUAAGGCAGUGAUAAAGCACUCUCAGCAUCUCCUCCCUGGUGGUCAUGCACUGCUUCUUGAGGUAGAUCCCUGUCAUUGCUACCUUAUUCCUACUUGGAUGGAAAAACAGCCUACUUUAAAACUGAAUAUGUCAAAAGUGUUUCAAGAUUUUAAUGGAAAAGAUAGAUUCAUUAAAUUUGUAAAAUUGUCAUAAUUAUAUAUUGUAAAUAUUAAGAACUAGA